AUCUCUGUCUGUUUGUGUCUGCAGGGUUGGUGACCCUAAAUGAUAUGAAGGCAAAGCAGGAGGCGCUGGUGAAGGAGCGGGAGAAACAACUGGCGAAGAGGGAGCAGUCGAAAGAGCUGCUGCUGAAGCUGGAGAAACAGAAGGAGAGAGAGCGGAAGAAGGAGGAGAAACGGAAGAUCGCCAGCUUGUCCUUCACUUUGGAUGAGGAGGAGGAGGAGGACGGCAAGGAGGAAGAGGCGGAGGACGAGCUUAAAAGUGAAGAUGAGGAACUUAUUGUAGAAGUCCCGGUGAAGAAAAGGAAACUCGGGAAAAACCCGGACGUGGACACCAGCUUCCUCCCAGACCGGGACCGUGAGGAGGAAGAGAACCGAUUGCGGGAGGAAUUGCGACAGGAGUGGGCCAACAAACAAGAGAAGAUCAAAGGGGAGGAGAUUGAAAUCACUUUCAGCUACUGGGAUGGCUCCGGACAUCGGCGCACAGUGAAGAUGAAGAAAGGCAACACGAUCCAACAAUUUCUACAGAAGGGCCUGGAGAUCUUGCGGAAAGACUUCAGUGAACUCCGGUCAGCUGGGGUCGAACAGCUCAUGUACAUCAAGGAGGACCUGAUCAUCCCCCAUCACCACACGUUCUAUGACUUCAUCGUGACGAAGGCGAGAGGCAAGAGCGGGCCACUCUUCAGCUUUGAUGUCCACGAAGAUGUCCGCCUGCUGAGCGAUGCCACGGUGGAGAAGGACGAGUCCCACGCCGGUAAGGUGGUGCUGCGGAGCUGGUACGAGAAGAACAAGCACAUCUUCCCCGCAAGUCGCUGGGAGCCGUACGAUCCCGAGAAAAAGUGGGACAAGUACACGAUUCGGUAGAGGAGAUGGCACCUCAGGGAGCCAGCACCAGUUCGGGGCUGUUCCCUCACCCGGCUUCACCGCCUUUCCCUCAGCUCCAGUGUGUGUCCUGCGACAUCAUUCCCACAUCCAGCAUUCCCAGUUGCAGGAAUACCAGCUCUCUGCGAGGUUCAGACUCAGCCCCAUCCGGUUUCUCCGACCCUCACUCCACCACCCCUUUCGUUCCUCCACGCCAUUGCUCUCCAUGUUUGUACGCACAUGUCUGCACCUGGUGUGUGUCAGCCUGUGCAUCUGGGCAGGUGUGUGUGUGUGUAUCUCUGAGGGUGAGUGUGUGUGUGUGUGUGUGUGUGAGUGUGUGUGUAUCUGAGGGUGAGUGUGUGGGUUGGGCCCAGGUGGAACGGGGCCACUCUCCGUCACUGGGCAGGUAUGUGUGUGUGUAUCUCUGAGGGUGAGUGUGUGGGUUGGGCCCAGGUGGAACGGGGCCACUCUCCGUCACUGGGCAGGUAUGUGUGUGUGUAUCUCUGAGGGUGAAUGUGUGGGUUGGGCCCAGGUGGAACGGGGCCACUCUCCGUCACUGGGCAGGUGUGUGUGUGUGUGUAUCUCUGAGGGUGAGUGUGUGUCUGAGAGUGAGCGUGUGUGUGUGUAUAUCUCUGAGGGUGAGUGUGUGUCUGAGAGUGAACGUGUGUGUGUAUCUCUGAGGGUGAGUGUGUGUCUGUGUGUGUGUGUAUCUCUGAGAGUGAGUGUGUGGGUUGGGCCCAGGUGGAACGGGGCCACUCUCCGUCACUGGGCAGGUGUGUGUGUGUGUGUAUCUCUGAGGGUGAGUGUGUGGGUAUCUCUGAGGGUGAGUGUGUGGGUUGGGCCCAGGUGGAACGGGGCCACUCUCCGUCACUGGGCGGGUGUGUGUGUGUGUAUCUCUGAGGGUGAGUGUGUGUCUGAGAGUGAACGUGUGUGUGUAUCUCUGAGGGUGAGUGUGUGUCUGUGUGUGUGUGUAUCUGAGAGUGAGUGUGUGGGUUGGGCCCAGGUGGAACGGGGCCACUCUCCGUCACUGGGCAGGUGUGUGUGUGUGUGUAUCUCUGAGGGUGAGUGUGUGUCUGUGUGGAGUGAGUGUGUGGGUUGGGCCCAGGUGGAACAGGGCCACUCUCCGUCAUUGGGCAGGUGUGUGAGUGUGUAUCUCUGAGGGUGAGUGUGUGUCUGUGUGGAGUGAGCGUGUGGGUUGGGCCCAGGUGGAACGGGGCCACUCUCCGUCACUGGGCAGGUGUGUGUGUGUGUGUAUCUGAGAGUGAGUGUGUGUGUAUCUCUGAGGGUGAGUGUGUGUGUGUCUGUGUGUAUCUGAGGGUGAGUGUGUGGGUUGGGCCCAGGUGGAACGGGGCCACUCUCCGUCACUGGGCAGGUGUGUGUGUGUGUGUAUCUCUGAGGGUGAGUGUGUGUCUGUGUGGAGUGAGUGUGUGGGUUGGGCCCAGGUGGAACAGGGCCACUCUCCGUCAUUGGGCAGGUGUGUGAGUGUGUAUCUCUGAGGGUGAGUGUGUGUCUGUGUGGAGUGAGCGUGUGGGUUGGGCCCAGGUGGAACGGGGCCACUCUCCGUCACUGGGCAGGUGUGUGUGUGUGUGUAUCUGAGAGUGAGUGUGUGUGUAUCUCUGAGGGUGAGUGUGUGUGUGUCUGUGUGUAUCUGAGGGUGAGUGUGUGGGUUGGGCCCAGGUGGAACGGGGCCACUCUCCGUCACUGGGCAGGUGUGUGUGUGUGUGUGUAUCUCUGAGGGUGAGUGAGUGUGUAUCUGAGGGUGAGUGUGUGGGUUGGGCCCAGGUGGAACGGGGCCACUCUCCGUCACUGGGCAGGUGUGUGUGUGUGUGUGUAUCUGAGAGUGAGUGUGUGUGUAUCUCUGAGGGUGAGUGUGUGUGUGAGUGUGUGUGUAUCUGAGAGUGAGUGUGUGGGUUGGGCCCAGGUGGAACGGGGCCACUCUCCGUCACUGGGCAGGUGUGUGUGUGUGUAUCUCUGAGGGUGAGUGUGUGGGUUGGGCCCAGGUGGAACGGGGCCACUCUCCGUCACUGGGCAGGUAUGUGUGUGUGUAUCUCUGAGGGUGAAUGUGUGGGUUGGGCCCAGGUGGAACGGGGCCACUCUCCGUCACUGGGCAGGUAUGUGUGUGUGUGUGUAUAUCUGAGAGUGAGUGUGUGUGUAUCUCUGAGGGUGAGUGUGUGUGUGUCUGUGUGUAUCUGAGGGUGAGUGUGUGGGUUGGGCCCAGGUGGAACGGGGCCACUCUCCGUCACUGGGCAGGUGUGUGUGUGUGUGUGUAUCUCUGAGGGUGAGUGAGUGUGUAUCUGAGAGUGAGUGUGUGGGUUGGGCCCAGGUGGAACGGGGCCACUCUCCGUCACUGGGCAGGUGUGUGUGUGUGUGUGUAUAUCUGAGAGUGAGUGUGUGUGUAUCUCUGAGGGUGAGUGUGUGUGUGUCUGUGUGUAUCUGAGGGUGAGUGUGUGGGUUGGGCCCAGGUGGAACGGGGCCACUCUCCGUCACUGGGCAGGUGUGUGUGUGUGUGUGUGUAUAUCUGAGAGUGAGUGUGUGUGUAUCUCUGAGGGUGAGUGUGUGUGUGUCUGUGUGUAUCUGAGGGUGAGUGUGUGGGUUGGGCCCAGGUGGAACGGGGCCACUCUCCGUCACUGGGCAGGCUGCAGUGUCCCUCAGUGUGGCCGUUUGCCUCUGCUGGGGCCCUGUGCUUCUCCUCAGGGCUGUGACCGCUCCACCCCACCCGAGCCUCUCGCUGAAGGUGCCCAUGUGCUGCUCUCCCCGGUACCGGGACAGGAGAGCUGCUGAGGGAAAGCUGCACUGUCGGGGGGCAAUGAGGGAGCUGCGCUGCGGGAGGGGUGGUGAGGGAGCACAGUACUGUGGGAGAGGUGGUGAGGGAGCUCCAGGCUGUGGGAAGGCCGGUGAGGGAGCUGUGCACUGUGGGAGGGGUGAGGAGGGCCAGUGAUGGUCCUUCAUGCGGUGGGGGGGCCGGUAAGGGACCUCUAGGCUGCGGGAGGGUUGGGGAGGGAGCUGUGCAUUGUGGGAGGGGCGUGUAGGGAGUGGGUCUUCCUCUGUGAGGACAGGUUGCCGUAGGGAACGCCCCCAGGCCUGCCUUUGUCCAGGCUGUUGGUGGGUGGGGGUGGGGAGCUUUGGAGAAUAAAAUAAAUGGCAGAUUUGUUGUUCAGUA